AUGACUAGAAAGAAGGUGAAACUUACCUACAUCACAAAUGACAGUGCUCGAAAAGCGACAUUCAAAAAAAGGAAGAUGAGUCUUAUGAAGAAGGUGAGUGAACUCUGCACCCUUUGUGACAUUGAUGCUUGUGCUAUUAUCUACAGCCCCUAUGACUCCCAGCCUGAAGUCUGGCCUUCCCUCUUGGGAGCCCAUCGCGUACUUGCGCAGUUCAAGACCAUGCCCGAAAUGGAGCAAAGCAAGAAGAUGGUAAAUCAGGAGAGUUUCCUGAGGCAAAGAAUCAACAAGUCUCAAGAACAGCUCAAGAAGCAAAAGAAAGAUAAUCGGGAAAAGGAGAUGGCUCGUGUCAUGUUUCAAAGCCUAACUGGAAAGUCUCUCCAGGAAUUAACAAUGUCAGACCUAACUGACCUCAACUGGGUCAUUGACCAGCACCUGAAAGAGAUACAACUCAGGAUGAAGAACAUUAAGAAUAAGGCUGUGGAGAGCCCUAAUCAUGUGCAAGGAGCACAAGGGUUGCCAGCUACAAGGGAGAAUAGGAUGCCGGCGAUGAAGACUAACAGUGAGGGAAGCAACAACAACAUGGCGAUGAAGAGUGGCGAUGAGGGCAGCAUCAUGCAACAUGCAACCCUGGACAUGCAAGCUUUUGAUCAGAUGCGGCAUAACAUGGAGGCAAUGCAACCACAAAUGAUGCAGAUGGUAACUCAGAAGCCGCAAAACUCGUGGCUCAUGGACAUGAUGGAUGCGCCAGCACCACCGCCACAUCAAGAUCAUCAUCAGCAUAUGGGGUUUAGGGAGGAAAUGAUGUUUCCCUUCGCGGAUCAUGACAACAGUACUAUGUGGCCAAAUCCUCCUGCUGGUGGCAAUAAUUUGCCUUGA